AGUGCGCGAGUGCGCGAGUUCAUGACUUGAUUGAAAAAAAAAUACAUCAGUCCAAUUCAUGAGCAUUAGAAAAAUUCUAUAAGACUUAUUUGUCUCAUUUGCCACCAUUUAAUCAAGCAAUCAUAUAAAUACAUCAGAUGUUGUAGAUUUGCAAGUGUAAAUGAUCAUUUAUGAAAACAAAGUUAAUUGACAGUAAUGCAAAAAUAGAGUGGCAUUUGUGGAAUGUUUUUGUGUGGAACUUUCAUUUGCUGGAUUGUACUGGAAUCUCCAAUUCCUGUAAUUUCCCAGGAACAUUGUUAUCCAUGGAAUGCUAUAAACAGAUGAUGUCUAGAUUGAUUGAUCCAGUGAAUUGUUUACUAAAAGAAGAAUGGUGAAAAUCUUGGUUAAAGUCAUUGGAGAUGAUGUUUUGAAUGUUUUUUCACUGUUUUUAUUUCUAUUUCUGGGGGAAUAGAAUGGCUUUGCUGGUAUCACGGAGAUGAUUUAUGAAAGUGUGUCUAAUUUGUAGGGCAAUUCUUAGACCACUGACUGUGCAAUUCAGAAUGCAAUUGAAUUGCUGAUUUCAUUGAGGUUAUGUCGUCAUAUGUGGUUUUGAGCAGGUCAAACUAGUCUCACCUGGUAAGGAUAAAUAAAUUGGUGGAAUUAUGGUGAUCGGGGAAGGUGAUUUCGAAGAUAAAUUGUAGUCAUGUAAGGCAGUGAUGAUGUUGGUCUCACAGCGGAAGAUGAAGCAGAUUGGAUUCUUCGCUUUGUGUAUUUUGCUCGUUUUCGGAUUCUACGAGACUGUUGUAAAAAUGGAAAAUGGGCGGCGUGGAAAUAUUCGCAGCAGAUUAAUACCAAACAAUGAAGACCGGCCUCUGCAGGAAAGUCUAGAGAAUUACGAGGACUCCUCCAUUGUAAAAAAUCAAGUGAACGAUCUCGCUGAGGCUAACAAAAAAAUCCAACAAUUGGACGAAAAAUUGCGUAACAUAGAGGCUAAAGUCAAUAACAGAAUACCGAAAAACUUUCCAACGGUGAAAUUUCUCAAUUACAAAAAUCGUAAGAGGAUAUUGGUUACUGGUGGUGCUGGAUUUGUUGGUUCCCAUUUGGUGGACCGUCUGAUGCUUGAAGGACACGAGGUCAUAGUAGCGGAUAAUUUCUUCACCGGAAGAAAACGAAAUGUCGAGCAUUGGGAUGGACAUGAGAAUUUCGAGUUGGUUCAUCAUGACAUUGUGAGACCACUUUAUCUUGAGGUGGAUGAAAUUUAUCAUCUGGCAAGUCCUGCUAGUCCACCGCACUACAUGCUCAAUCCGGUUAAGACAUUGAAGACUAAUACCAUUGGAACUAUUAACAUGCUAGGUCUUGCAAAACGAGUUGGCGCAAGAGUUUUGAUCGCAAGUACUUCCGAGGUGUAUGGAGAUCCAAUGGAGCAUCCACAAUCAGAAACUUAUUGGGGUCAUGUGAAUCCUAUCGGGCCCCGGGCAUGUUACGACGAAGGUAAACGUGUUGCUGAGACCCUAAGUUAUUCUUAUAUGCGACAAGAAGGCGUGGACGUGCGAGUCGCAAGGAUUUUUAACACAUUUGGACCGAGAAUGCAUAUGAAUGAUGGAAGAGUGGUAUCCAAUUUUAUUUUGCAAGCACUUCAGAACGAUUCUAUCACUAUUUACGGUAAUGGGAAGCAGACAAGGUCAUUUCAGUAUGUCUCCGAUUUAGUAGACGGCUUGGUUGCAUUGAUGUCCUCGAAUUAUACUCAACCGAUUAAUCUCGGCAAUCCAGUCGAGCAUACAAUCGAAGAAUUUGCAAUCAUCAUAAAAAAUUUAGUGGGAGGAACUAGCAAAAUAAUCGAAUUGGCAGCAGUGGAAGAUGAUCCUCAGAGAAGGCGACCCAACAUAAGUCGAGCGAAGAGAUUUCUCAAUUGGGAGCCAAAGGUGUCUCUAACUGAGGGUCUCACAAAAACUAUAUCGUACUUCGAAAAAGAAUUGAAAAAAACAAAACAUUCGCAGGGAGAUGUUGUGAGAAUUCCAUACGUUAAUGAUCAUGACAUUGUAGAACAAUUAUAAAUUGUUGGAAAAAACGACAUGGAUGUCAAGAGAUGUGGGAAAAUAGUGCCAAAAGACUAACAAAGUAAUUGCAUCGUUUUGAUGAGUGAGUUUCAUGACUGAAUAUGUUUACCUGCGUCCAUCCUAUUUUUCAUUGUAAUUCAUUGUAAAUAAUAUGCUGGAGAGAAUAGAUAGUAUGUUAUAUGGUAAAUAUGAAAAUCGUUUUGGAUUUAUCUAAAGAGAUAAUUAGCGGUAAUGGGUGAAGCGCGUGGGCUGUAUGACAGGGCGCGUGGUCGUCUCUCUCAGUGAGUGUAAUCGUGUCAUCCGGGACGGUUUUACCACCACAAUUUCUCAUUUAUCCUAGAAAUCGUUGACUUUACUUGUUCUCAAUGUACAACAAAUGAAUUUAUGGUUUUUUAAUUGAAACAUUUAAGGAUUUGAAUAAUUGCAACUGUUCCCCCUUGGAAGAGCAAUUUUUACUGAAUAUUCAUGUGAGAAACUAGUGUUUGCAUAGAAAAAAAAAUCGAAAGAACUUCUCUCCGCGACUUUUUAAAAAAAAAAAAAUUGUGCAUUUUUUGGAGAACUAGUGAUUUAGAGAUUAAAAACUUAGUUGUUUUUUCAUCUGGGGAAAGCAAAAUAAAACUACCUCGUUUCAUAAAAUUGAACGUAGAACCCAAAUUCAAUUUCGAUAAUCAAAGAGUUAAAAAUCCAGAAUAAGAUCGUAAAAAAUCAGUAUUUUAGAUUUUACAACAACUUUUAUUAAUUUUAUAAAGCUUUAUUAAAUCUUCCUUUUUGAAAUCUUCCAUUUUUGUCAUUACAUUUCUUUUUUUGCAAUUACUUCAUUAUUUAUCACUCACAAUUAUUCCUCAUUUUCUCAUCAUUCGCAUAAAAAACCCACGGGUUUGCACAAUACGUAAGUUCCCUAAGGUCGAGUGAAAUAUCCACAGCUACUUGACACAGUUGCAUGAUCUCCUCGCUUCAAUUCGCCUCAACUUAUUAAAAUUUCGUGAGUGUACGUAAAUCGUAAUAUCGUCCGUUCAAUCUACUUAAUCGUCAAAAGUUUCUUUAAAAAUUUCACUCAUUUCAUUCUGUAGAACGAUAAGACCAUUUAUUCUUUGCAUAUUCAUUGUCCCCGGGGUGAAAUUUUCCCUCGGACAAAACUCCCAUCGAUUCCUUAUCUCAUGCUAUAAAAGAAUACCCUUCCUUCCGUUCUCUAUACAUUCUAAUGAAACUUUGACACGAAAUUUUUCCAAUCGCAAAAAAAGUAUUUCGUUUUUUUUCUUCCCAAUAGAAAAUUUGUAUUUGUUCAAAUUUGAUUUUCCACGUUUUGUAAAACUCAAAUACCUUAAAUAAUUGAAAUGCUAUUAGCAUGUAUCCAUGUACGUAUGUAUGUAUGUACUUUCCAAAAGUCUUGUGUACAUAGGCUCAAGAGUCUAGGGAAUUCACCAAUUUUUCAUCGACUAUACUUCAAUGAGUUCUGUUCAUCAAUAUUAAUUGAAAUAAAAUUUAUCACACACUUUAUGAACUAUUAAUGUUUUAAAAAUCGAUUUUUCAACGAUUUCUCAACAAUUUACUGAAAUGUGUUUAAUUAUAGUUUGAAAACUUGGGAGGGAUACACGUCAUUCAUUCAUGCGAUUACAACAAUUUCUUUUGAAGUAUUUUUUUUAGUCAGAUCGUAAUGAGUUCAUUCUGAUGAACUCUUGAUUAAGCGGAGAGAUAAUUAAAACAGAACUACUAUCCAUUAACUGACAUCACAGCGUCUGCCGAUUUUUCCAUAAAACGAAAAAUCGAAUAGAAAAAUCUAUUUCACUAUUAUCAUUCUAAUUGAUGAAUCUCAUACAUUCAUUCAUUCUCAAUAUAAUCCCAGUUGAAUUCAGUUUACAUCUUGAUUAUAUCCCGAUUACCAUCGUACAAAAAAAACCGUUCGCGAAUUUUUACGAAUUACGAUUUAGCGGACCUGAAAAAUAAUUUGAAAAAAUAAGAUAGGAGCAAAGAAUAGAAAUUAAUUGAAAUUCCAAAAUAUGCAAUAAUGACAGAAUAUUGAACCGAACAUCCACUGGACAUAACAUUGUUAAUUUAUUAUCAAUUAAUCAACUCGUUUGAAUUUUCAAUGAAAAGAUGUUUACGUUAAAAAAAUUUGAAGUUAUGUCGGAGGAUAAUUGCAGGUGUUGAAGUGAAAAAAGAGUAUGUGUAAUAAGUGUGUACAAUUUGUGUAAAAUGGGCAGAUGUUUGGAGGUGAGGCUUGAAAAAGGUGAAAGAGUGAGAGAGUAAGGAGAGGGUGAGUGAGGGAGUAAGAGAGAGGAGGAAAGGCGCAAGCGGCGCAUAGCAGUUCUCUGGAAGUUGAGAGUUGAAUUUUCUGUUCUCGCUCUAUAACUCUACACGACUCGGUCUUGACUCUUCAGUUUAGUAGCGACCGCCGACGAGGUCGCUUUCCACCGGUCCAUCAGCCUUUUCUCCCAGUUUUCAGUGACUAGCCUCCUCCAGGUAGAAUAUACAUAUAGUGCGGCACGCUCAUUCCACGUGUACUCUCAAAUCAAAUGCAAUUGUCAGAGGGUCCUAUUUUAAACUCCAUCUCAUGCGGAUAAACUUCUUCAAAACAUUAUUUCAAUUAACCAAUGAGAAUCAUUCAUUUGUUCAGUCACAGGUAUGAAUGAUUUUCAUAUUUAUAUUUUAAAAGUGCAAGUGUUGUUCAAUUACUCAUGUUACUAUCUUUAAGGACAUCGUUAAUUUAUUCAUUUUUAUACAACAAAAUUGAAAAAUUUAUCAGAGGAUUGGUGGUGACAUGAUGAUGCGAACCGGUGAAAUUUAGAGCAGACGACUGUCCAAAGGCGAGUGCAAGGAUAACCCGAG